AUGCUGGUCGAGGCGCUACGGCGGCCGCGGUCGUUGUCGCUCAUGACGUUCAACCUACUGGCUCCGUGCUACUUCCGACACGGAGGGCGUCUCGAGAGCGACGACCAGGUGUCUUUCCUCUCGCGUGCACAGGCUUCCAUCCGCGCCAUCAAGCGCGAGCAGUGCGACGUAGUGUGUUUGCAGGAGUUUUGGUUUAAGCACGAGUACCAGCGCGCCUUCCGUCACGCGUUUCAGCCUACACAUUACGUGCACACAGCUAAGCGACCUGGAGAUAAGGAGGACGGACUUGCUGUGUUCGUGGAUAAACGCAAAUUCGAGUUGCACAAUGUUGAAAGUGUGGAUCUGGUGGAGGAGGCGGGCGACCGUGUGGCCCUGCUGAUGCACGUGGCCACCAAAUGGAACCGCGAGAAGGCGCCGCUAGAUCAACGCUCGUUUCUUGUGGUUAAUUCGCACUUGACAUUCCCUCAUAACGAAAUGUACGCGAGUCUGAGACUAAGUCAGAUCCACCGCGUGCUCUCAGCAGUGCGAAAGUACGUGGCUCGUCAAGAUCUGUGCGACAUCCCAGUGCUGCUCUGUGGCGACUUUAACGACUACAACGACCCCGUCUACAGACUCGUGACGAAGCAUGGGUACGCCAGUCUGUUUGCUGAAAUGCACGGACGAGAAGCGAGGAUCACACACUGCAACCACAACAACAGAGAGGUCGGCGUGGACUUUAUCUUCGGCGCCAGACUAGACAGUGACCAAGCCCAGACGCUCCUCGACCCGCGACUGCAGCUCAAGCCCGUGGACUGUCAUCUGGUGCCUCGUCGACUGCCAGACGUGGUGCGAUUGAAGCGCCCGCAGUUUGGACACGACUGGCGCCACGUACAGUCGCCUGUGCUAUUGACAGACGAAGAAGCACUCGUGGAUUAUUGGCGAAUGGUGUCGGAUCAUCGACCGUUGGUGGCCAAGUUUCAGGUCCUGGACGACAGCGAUGGGCUGACGAUUCCGUCACUUGAAAACGAAAUGAAGACCAAGCUGGAGAGCUUCACCUCAAUGGACGAAGCGGCCACUGGUCUUACCCCGUAA